AUGGCGCGGUGUGUCAAGUGUGAUUUCUCCCAGCUCAGGUAUUACGUCACGAGGAGGCACGCCAUGCCGCGGGGUCACCCGAGCUCGCACCUGGGCCGGACGACUGAGGACAGCCCAUCGGGACGGAAGACUGAGGACAGCCCAUCGGGACGGAAGACUGAGGACAGUCCAUCGGGACGGAAGACUGAGGACAGCCCAUCGGGACGGACGACUGAGGACAGCCCAUCGGGACGGAAGGCUGAGGACAGCCCAUCGGGACGGAAGGCUGAGGACAGCCAAUCGGGACGGAAGACUGAGGACAGCCCAUCGGGACGGAAGACUGAGGACAGCCCAUCGGGACGGAAGACUGAGGACAGCCCAUCGGGACGGACGACUGAGGACAGCCCAUCGGGACGGAAGACUGAGGACAGCCCAUCGGGACGGAAGGCUGAGGACAGUCCAUCGGGACGGAAGACUGAGGACAGCCCAUCGGGACGGACGACUGAGGACAGCCCAUCGGGACGGAAGGCUGAGGACAGCCCAUCGGGACGGAAGGCUGAGGACAGCCAAUCGGGACGGAAGACUGAGGACAGCCCAUCGGGACGGAAGACUGAGGACAGCCCAUCGGGACGGAAGACUGAGGACAGCCCAUCGGGACGGACGACUGAGGACAGCCCAUCGGGACGGAAGACUGAGGACAGCCCAUCGGGACGGAAGGCUGAGGACAGCCCAUCGGGCCGGAAUACUGAGGAUUGUCCAUCAGGACGGAAGACUAAGGACAGCCCAUCGGGACGGAAGACUGAGGACAGCCCAUCGGGACGGAAGGCUGAGGACAGCCCAUCGGGACGGAAGACUGAGGACAGCCCAUCGGGCCGGAAUACUGAGGAUUGUCCAUCAGGACGGAAGACUAAGGACAGCCCAUCGGGACGGAAGACUGAGGACAGCCCAUCGGGACGGAAGGCUGAGGACAGCCCAUCGGGACGGAAGGCUGAGGACAGCCCAUCGGGACGGAAGACUGAGGACAGCCCAUCGGGACGGAAGGCUGAGGACAGCCCAUCGGGACGGAAGACUGAGGACAGCCCACUGAGGACAGCCGGAAGACUGAGGACAGUCCAUCGGGACGGAAGACUGAGGACAGUCCAUCGGGACGGAAGACAGGACAGCCCAUCGGGACGGAAGACUAAGGACAGCCCAUCAGGAAGGACGACUGACGGCAAACCAUCGGGCCGGAAGAUUGAGAGCCCAUCGGGCCGGAAGACUGAGGACAGCCCAUCAAAAAAGGAAGGCUGA